CCAGAGCAGCACCAGUGCUGCCUUGGGGAACGAGCAGAGGGCUGGGCUGCCUGAGGAGGAGCAGAAUAGCUUCGCAAAGAGGUGCCAGGUUUAUCCCAUCAGUGAAUGCAAUCCUUACUCUGGAGGGGCCACGUGUUAACCCUUCCUUGCCCUGCCCCACAGCCGCACGGGUGGCACGGGCUGUGCUCACAGGCUCACACAGGGUGGACACGAUGGAUGCUGGUGGAGCAGAGGGGCUUUGCAGGCUCACACAGGGUGGACACGAUGGAUGCUGGUGGAGCAGAGGGGCUUUGCAGGCUCACACAGGGUGGACACGAUGGAUGCUGGUGGAGCAGAGGGGCUUUGCAGGCUCACACAGGGUGGACACGAUGGAUGCUGGUGGAGCAGAGGGGCUUUGCAGGCUCACACAGGGUGGACACGAUGGAUGCUGGUGGAGCAGAGGGGCUUUGCAGGCUCACACAGGGUGGACACGAUGGAUGCUGGUGGAGCAGAGGGGCUUUGCAGGCUCACACAGGGUGGACACGAUGGAUGCUGGUGGAGCAGAGGGGCUUUGCAGGCUCACACAGGGUGGACACGAUGGAUGCUGGUGGAGCAGAGGGGCUUUGCAGGCUCACACAGGGUGGACACGAUGGAUGCUGGUGGAGCAGAGGGGCUUUGCAGGCUCACACAGGGUGGACACGAUGGAUGCUGGUGGAGCAGAGGGGCUUUGCAGGCUCACACAGGGUGGACACGAUGGAUGCUGGUGGAGCAGAGGGGCUUUGCAGGCUCACACAGGGUGGACACGAUGGAUGCUGGUGGAGCAGAGGGGCUUUGCAGGCUCACACAGGGUGGACACGAUGGAUGCUGGUGGAGCAGAGGGGCUUUGCAGGCUCACCUGUGCCCGUAUGGGCUCAGGGUGCUGCUCCCUGCGCUCCCGGAGCUCAGCCACACCUGCAGUCACGGUGGGUGAGGAGAACGGGCAGUGGGAGAGGGGCAGGCAUGCCUGAGAAGAAAGAGUCCCCCCCACACACCUCCAGGCCUGGCCUCAGCCUCUGGCCGUGAGCUGUAAGAGAUCAAGAUUUUUCCACAUCCAGAAAUGCUUGAGGAACUUUGUCUU